AUGUCGGAAAAUGAGCAGGGACAAAGUCUCGCCGCGUGCGACUACAGCCCCAUCGUCCUCGGUCCCCUGAAAGCCAGACUCCAGAAAAAGCCACUGUACAUAAACAUUGAGCGGUCGCCGAUCGAAUCAGGGGAUGAGGGGCCAGAUAUGUCUCUGUGUGGCCGACUGGACGGCGAGACGUUGGGACACAUUGGGGUACAGAAUGUUCUCGCGACGCUGGAUUUGAGCUGGAACAAUGGUAGAGACCCCCUUCAAGUAUGUUCGGAUUGCGGCCGCCACCACCCGGGAGCGGCUACGAGCGCAUUUACGAGCCCAUCAACCCCCACCGCGGAUAAGAUGUAUAACAUGUCGGCCACGACUUUCUGCAAGGAACCCGGAUUUACACCUCGAAGCCCACUGGACCGGGACCCGAAGCAUCACAUCUACGUUCAAGUGGAAAACAACACGCCAUGGACCGUGUUCUUGGCUGGAGCUGAUAAGAAGUUCAGCCGCGUGUGCUUCGGGUGCCCUCAAUGCACUGUGGUAGCUGGAGGGAACUAUGUAUCGGAACUGAACGGAGGCUUGAGGACCAUCAUAGGGUACGCUUGA